UUGUGAAAUGACCAUAACAAUUCCUUCCUAAUAAGGGAACAUUGAGAAGAUGAGUAGCUUUUACCCCAAAAUCUCCAAAGCUGAGAAUGCAGAGCUGCGUCUUCGUUGGUGCCAGAUCCUUCUCAAGAAUAAUCAUGAGGCUGAGUUCAGCAAAGUGAAAGACUUUCUUCAGAGCCAGGGAAAGCAGAAGUACACCCUUCCCAUAUACCGAGCCAUGAUGAAUGGUUCAGAGACUGCCCGAGCCCUGGCUGUGGAAGUAUUCUCUGCUACAGCACCACAACUCCAUGUGAACGUCCAGAAUUAUGUCAAAAAGAUCUUGGGACUGAAUACAAAAGGAAACUAGGAAGAAAAACACCAAGCCAAAGAAGUCUGUUGUUUGAUAUUCAGCAGAUGUCUGUUUAUGGUGGGUGGUGGAAAAGGAGAAACUAGCUAUCAAAUGCCAUUUGAAGGGUUGAUGGUGUAGGUAGGGGACAGGUCCCGCAGCCUCCGCAGUCUGCUCUUUUCCUCAGGAAUUGAAUUAAAAUGCUGGGAAUUUCUGGGCGCUUCCAAAAAGUGUUGCUUCUUCAUGGAUAACCUGAUGGUUGGUUUUCUUUCUUUUUAAAAGAUUUAUAAAGAUAAGCACAAUGUUACAUGCACAAAAUGUCAAAGUAAAUCCCCCUUUGUUGUUUUCAAUAAAAGGAGUUACUGAUUAUUGCCAGAAA